GCUUCUGCCGCUGCUGUCGGUUCUAGUCCUUGAGCCACAAUGUCUCCACCAACGGCUUUGAAAUCAGGCAAAACCAGGUUCGAGUCCCGGCUCCACCUCUCACUACCUGUGAUUUUGCGCACAAGGCGAAUUGCUUGACCUGUCUGUGCCCCAGUGUCCUCCUCUCUGAAAUGAGAGCUUGUUGUCCGGCUGAGAGGCUAGAUGCAAUAAUGUACCUGGCCAAGCUGUCCUCGGUGGGGAGCAUCUUGGAGGAGGAGACGUGCGAGAAGUUCAAGGGCCUGAUCCAGCGGCAGGUGCAGAUGUGCAAGCGGAACCUGGAGGUGAUGGACUCGGUGCGCCGCGGCGCCCAGCUUGCCAUCGAGGAGUGCCAGUACCAGUUCCGGAACCGGCGCUGGAACUGCUCCACGCUCGACUCCCUGCCCGUCUUCGGCAAGGUGGUGACGCAAGGGACUCGGGAGGCGGCCUUCGUGUACGCCAUCUCUUCAGCAGGUGUGGCCUUCGCGGUGACGCGGGCGUGCAGCAGUGGGGAGCUGGAAAAGUGCGGCUGUGACCGGACAGUACACGGGGUCAGCCCCCAGGGCUUCCAGUGGUCAGGAUCAAGGGAACAGACCACGUACAACCGUGGAGCAGGGCCAGACUCUACUCCCAUCAGCAACUACCUGUCCCCCUAG